UGUGCCAGUCUAAAGAACAAAUUUACCUCAGAACACCGAGACGUUCAGAUUCACUUUAACUUACAAUAAUGUUGCUGAAUAAGGUGCUGAAGGUUGGGGUUCAGACUGGACUGAGGUUCAGCAGCACUGGUGCAGCGAGAGCGUCUGCUGCAGUAAAAGCAUCUUCUGCAGGCUUCUGCUUUGAUUUAACGGAGCAGCAGAAGGAGUUUCAGGACGUGGCCAGGAAGUUUGCACGUGAGGAGAUCGUCCCUGUGGCUCCUGAUUAUGAUAAAAGUGGUGAGUACCCGGUUCCUCUGAUCAGGAGAGCGUGGGAGCUGGGCCUGAUGAACUCUCACAUUCCAGAGAGCUGUGGUGGACUGGGAUUGUCCAGUUUUGAUGCGUGUCUGAUCACUGAGGAGCUGGCGUACGGGUGCACUGGAGUACAGACCGCUGUCGAAGCCAACUCUCUGGGGCAAAUGCCGGUGAUUAUUGCUGGUAACGAUGCACAGAAGAAGAAAUAUUUAGGAAGAAUGACUGAGGAACCGCUGAUGUGUGCGUACUGUGUAACUGAACCCGGUGCCGGAUCAGACGUUGCAGGAAUAAAGACUCGUGCUGAGAAGAAAGGAGACGAGUACAUCGUUAACGGUCAGAAGAUGUGGAUCACCAACGGAGGAAAAGCUAACUGGUACUUCCUGCUGACUCGUACAGACCCUGAUCCUAAAUGUCCCGCCAGUAAAGCUUUCACAGGCUUUAUCGUGGAAGCCGACAGUCCAGGAAUUCAGAUUGGCAGGAAGGAGAUGAACAUGGGACAGAGGUGCUCAGAUACUCGUGGAAUCACCUUCGAGGACGUGAGAAUCCCUAAAGAGAACGUGCUGAUCGGAGAGGGAGCCGGAUUUAAAAUCGCUAUGGGAGCUUUUGAUAAGACCAGACCUCCAGUUGCUGCAGGAGCGACAGGACUGGCUCAGCGAGCUCUGGAUGAAGCUACCAGAUACGCUUUAGAGAGGAAAACCUUCGGCAGGAUGAUUGCUGAGCACCAGGCGGUUUCUUUCAUGCUGGCGGAGAUGGCGAUGAAGGUGGAGCUGGCCAGACUGGCGUAUCAGAGGGCAGCGUGGGAGGUGGAUGAGGGCAGGAGGAACACCUACUACGCCUCCAUCGCUAAAGCCUUCGCUGGAGACAUCGCUAAUCAGGUGGCCUGUGACGCCGUGCAGGUAUUCGGAGGAAACGGUUUCAACAGCGAAUAUCCAGUGGAGAAACUGAUGAGAGACGCCAAGAUCUACCAGAUUUAUGAGGGAACUGCUCAGAUCCAGAGACUCAUCAUCUCACGAGAACUUCUGGGCAAAUACAAGCAGUAACUCCACCAGCCCCCCCCCCCAGCACGGUGGAGACAGAGGAGCCCGACACGCCCCAUCAGCCGCACUUAAAAUCUAAAUCUGCUCAGUAAUAAGAUUGUUCUGUGAGUUUCUGUUUGUGCUGAUCAGUGAUGAUUGAUUAAAAACGUCAUCAGUAGAGCAGAUUAUUUGUUCUGUGUGAGUGAUUAUACAGAAUAAUCCAGAGAUUUACACUCCGUCAGAACUCCGUCAGAACUCACCUGCUUCAUGUCUGUAUAUUAUAGAAUUUCUGAACAAUCAGUGUUGAAUAAAAACACGUGUAAAGAGUGAACUGUACAAUUUCUAACCAGCAGCUUCCAAAAUUAAGAACAAUUUACUGAAACAUCUGCACAAAUUAAUUUAUCUUUUAUUGAUCGUUUAUUAAUCAGGUGCUUAUUAAUUUUACAAAAAUAUACACAAUUAGGACGUUUGUGCAAUGAACAAAAUUAAUUGUUUUAGUGAGAUAUUGCAUUUAGAAUGAAAUAAAGUUUAAUAAAUAAAAUGAUAAAUAUUUUGUCUUUGUGCUGUUUGAAUUUAAUAAAAAAUAAAAGCAU